AUGGAUGAUUCAAAGGCAGAAGUCCAAGAUACUCUGUUAGAGAUCAACUUGGGGACGCAAGACAACCAUUGGCCAAUCUACAUCAAUGGUCGAAUGGUGCCAAAACUUCGGGCUAAGAUGGAAGAGCUUUUAAAAGAGUUCAAGGAUUGCUUCGCUUUUGUUUACACCGAGAUGCUUGGAUUGAGUCGUGACUUGGUAGAGCAUGACUUACCAACGGUGGAAGAUUUCAAGCCCUUUAAGCAGCCGCCCCGCCGAAUGUCAGCGGAAGUAGAGUUUCAUGUAAAGGAAGAAAUUGUAAAGCUUGUGAAAGCCAAAUUUAAUAGGCCAAAUUUAAUAUUUGGCCAAGCCUUCGGUGCUUAUCAUGCUGAAUGGAGUAAGGAUGAGUAUGAACAAGGAUUAGAUGACCUCGACGAGGUUAGGUUGGGUGCUCUGGAUAAAUUGAAAGCCCAAAAAGAGGCGGUGGCUCAGGAAUACGAUAAAACGACCAAGGCCAAAAGUUUUGGGGUUGGAGAUUUGGUAUGGAAUUUUUCCAGUGGGACUGAAGGAUCCAAAAUUUGGGAAGUGGUCUCCAAUUUGGGAAUGUCCAUUUCUCAUCCACCAAGUACUGGGGAAGGGGGCAUAAAUUUCAGUGACCAAAAUUGUCGAAUCCAUGAUUCACUGAUCAAUAAAUUAUUUUUGAAGAAAUAUUAUCCAACGACUGGGGAAAUGGCGGAAAGAUAG